UCACCGCCCCGUUACACCCUCAUGAUAAAGAGUCCUGAUGGACUGACUUACACAUGAGUGUGAACAACAGAUUCAGGAAGCAGCAGCCACAGUCAUGGACACUAUAAGAACAAAGAGUUUAAAAGUUGACCCGGAGAAGCUGUUCACCAAGCUUGACAGGAUUGGGAAGGGAUCAUUUGGAGAGGUCUUUAAAGGCAUUGACAAUCGCACGCAACAGGUGGUUGCUAUAAAGAUCAUUGACCUGGAGGAAGCUGAAGAUGAGGUGGAAGACAUCCAACAGGAGAUUACAGUCCUCAGCCAGUGUGACAGCCCCUUCAUCACUAAAUACUAUGGUUCUUAUCUGAAGGACACAAAACUGUGGAUCAUCAUGGAAUAUUUAGGAGGGGGUUCUGCUCUGGAUUUGCUGGGACCUGGAGCUCUUGACGAGUCCCAUAUUGCCACCAUCCUCAGAGAGAUCCUGAAGGGUCUGGAUUACCUUCACUCCAAAAAGAAAAUUCACAGAGAUAUUAAAGCUGCUAACGUCCUGUUGUCAGAGAAGGGUCAAGUAAAACUAGCUGAUUUUGGUGUGGCCGGGCAGCUCACAGACACACAGAUGAAGAGGAACACGUUUGUGGGCACUCCAUUCUGGAUGGCACCAGAGGUCAUAAAACAGUCAGAGUAUGACUCAAAGGCAGAUAUCUGGUCACUGGGCAUAACUGCAAUUGAGCUAGCAAAAGGAGAGCCACCCCAUUCUGAACUUCACCCCAUGAAGGUGUUAUUUCUCAUCCCUAAGGAAAACUCACCCACACUAGAGGGAAGCAACAACAAAGUUCUCAAAGAGUUUGUGGAUGCCUGUCUCAAUAAAGACCCUGACUUUAGGCCAACAGCUAAAGAGCUUUUGAAACACAAAUUUAUCACUCGAUAUGCCAAGAAGACAUCAUUCCUGAUGGAUCUUAUCGACAAGUACAAGAAAUGGAAAGCAAAACAGGCCCGUGAUGAAUCCAGCUCUGAUUCAGAAUCAGAUGACGGUGAAGCAUCUGGAGAGUCUGUGGAUGAUGACUGGAUCUUCGGCACUGUCAUAGGAAAUAGGCCCACAGUGAAACACAAUGGAGUCAUAAAAAAUGAAGAACUACACAAAGAGGUUCCAGAACAAAAGAAGCCUCCGUCCAAGAGCAAAGAGUCCAAGUCCUCUAUUAUAUCACCACUGUUUGCAGAGCUGAAGCAGAAGCAAGGUGUUUAUAAGCCGGCGGUGUUAGAGGAGCUGAAGCAGGCCAUGCUCCUGGCUGAAGAGACAUGUCCCGGGAUCACCGACUCUAUGGUGACAGGAGUUGUUCAGAGGUUAAAGAGGUUUUCAUCUCAACACUGACUGAUUGAUGCACUGACUUUCUGCAUGAAGACUCUUUCUCUGUGUCUGUAUUAUGUAUUUUAUUUUGUUUUAUUAAGGUGGGAUUGUAAUUGUCAUUUACAAUCGCAUGUGCUUGCUGUCUGUACAUAAGUGUUGAAUGUGAACUGGAUUUAAGGACCCCAUAAAAUCUUUCAGUAAUUCCUGGAAGAAAUGUUUCUUUUAAUUUUAUAAUUUUUUUUUUUUUUAAUUUUUAUAAUGUUUUUCUACUCAGCCUAUAGAUGCCUUGAAGCCGUUUUUUUUAGGACCUGUACUAAGCUUAAUUCUGUGCUGUGGCUGGUCCUGGCUUUGUGUCUCUUUUCUUUUUUUAAAUCAAUGUUCUUGCUUAUUGUAUCGUUAUCUUAGCAAUGUGCUAACAUGCUCAUGUUUUUCUUUCAUUUUUUUUCUAUAGGAUAUAACUCGUUCAUAUUAAUUAUUGUACAACAAACAAAUGGAAUUUUAAAGCUGAAGUGUGUAAUUUUGCAAUCAGAAUUGCAAAUAUAUAUAUAUAUAUAUAUAUAUAUAUAUAUAUAUAUAUAUAUAUAUAUAUAUAUAUAUAUAUAUAUAGGUUGACAAAUCUGUUGACAAACAGAUAGUCCCAAACUGAUGCCAUUGGUUGAGACAAUGUUGCCGAUAGCCUACAAUUAACUCAGUUGAUUCUAUAUUAACCAGAACAGAAAGUGUUUCAACAUCAAAAUAUAACACACUUGAGCUUUAAAUGGUCCCUUAAUCCCAUUGUGUGUAAAAUCCAUUAUAUGCUUCAUUUAGCGGUAAACUAUUUUUGUUGA